AUGCAGACGACCCAUCGCCCGACACCGACGAGACAGCCAUCCUGGGGCAAGCGACAUGCCUCCCUCGACUCCCCCAGGGACCGCCCAAGCGUGUCCGGGGGACUGGCCUCGUCGCUGCCCACCCCGACCCCGACGCUGAUUGGCCCGCCCCCGCCGGACCCACCCCAUAUCCACACGCCCCCGAGCUCUCCCUCGGCCCGCCCCUAUGCAUACCCGUUCUUGCCUUCGUGCGAGCCACGCGGUGACGCCAGACCCAGUGUCAGCGUCGACAUCUUUCCCGACAAGUAUCUUCUCAGCUGUCGCAUGCCCCAUUUCGACCAUUCCUCCAUCACUGUCGCCACCCGCCGCGGCCGUCUAUUGGUCAUCACCGCCGACAGAUGGGACACCAUCGAGCCCGCACCCCUCAGCCUCGAUCCCGCACUCAUCCCCAAUCCCCCCCAACCAGCACACUUUGAGCGCCGGAUUACCUUUGGAUGGGACGCUGAGAUGGGCAGGAUUCGCGCUGGCUUUGACGGCGUUACGUUGCACAUCACAAUCCCCAGGCGCUUACUCCCCACCGACUCGGCCACCCCCUCCCGCGACCGCUCUGGAGUGGCAGACAGACACCAUGCCUAUCCCCAGCCCCCGCCCCACCAGUCCGCAAAACGAGAAGUCGCCUGGCCACUCGGAUGA